AAAUGGAGUCGUCACGAUAGCCUUAUAAUGCAGGUCAGAUAUUUCUGCGCUACAUUGGCUGCACUGUGAAAACCUCUGCAUACGGCUGACCAUCAACAUGCGUUUCUCAAGUGGAUUACUUUGGUUGUCGGCAAUUCCAUUUACCUGCGCGAUACCACUUGGUGAUUUUGAGGGACCAGUGAAGAAAAUAAGCCGUAGGUGCACCCCGAUCCCGUACUCGUACUUCAUAAUUUGCACAACAUCAGAGGCUGCGAUAAUCCCGCUGGUGGCAGAGCCGCCAAUGCCGGUAAUCCAACCAGUAGGUGGGAUUAUCGGGAAUAGUUCAGACGCAGGGUUCCAAGGGGACAUCGAGCUUCCUCCCUGGUUAAUUGGACAAAUCUCCACAUCGGGCAAGGAUUCAGAGCUCAACGUGCCUUCUGAUGGCUCAGACGCUGAACAAAGCAACGCAACAGAGAAUGCAACCUCAGGUGCUCCCUCCUAAGAUGCUGCAUCAACCGUCAACAAUGGUGCCGCGCAGAACUCAGGCGAGGAGAAGGCACCUUCCGAAGUAUCAAGUGCAGCUUAAGCUGCAAGUGCACAAGCGCAAGCUAUAUGAGCAACUAUGGUGCCUGUUCAUUGCUACAUUAAAAUAAACGGUCAAUAAAACGUGUCCGUCUAGUCAUAAUGCACACGCAA